UUAUUAAAAAAUUUAGAAAAAAGAUUUAGAUUCUAUAUAGAUUACUAUAUUUUAAAUAUAAUUUUUAUUAAAGAUUACUACCCGCUCCCGCUUAUAAAAAAAUCUUUAAAUUAUUUAAAAGAAAUAUAUUACUUUACUAAAAUUAAUAUUAUUAGUAUUUUUAAUAAUAUCUAA